UCAAGCCAACAGGCUGUAAAAGUUAAAGCGGAUUACGUUCUGCUGUCGUUUUUACACGUUUCGUUUUUUUUUUUUUUUUGUUUUUUGAUAAUCAAAAAGCUUGUCGGCUAUUCAAUAUAAUACUUUUUUUUUUUUUUUAUUAAAAAAAAUAAACAUGGCAAUUAAACCGGGAAUGGGGAGAAAAAGUUCCAAAUCUCCACCAAUUUUAAGUCAUGAAUUUGUAAUACAAAAUCAUGCUGAUAUCAUAUCUUGUGUUGCAAUGGUUUUUGUUGUCGGUUUAACAUUACAGGGUACAAGCUCAAUUGCCAAUUUAUUUAUUUCAUUACAUCAUCACAUAACACCUGAAGGAACAACCGAAGAUUCUUUAAGGGAUAAACGGAUGAUAUAUGAAUCUGGUGUUAAAGAUUAUUGUGCUGUAUUCUUUUAUACAUUAAUAUGUAUUAUAAUGCAUGCGAUAUUACAAGAAUAUCUUUUAGAUAAAGUAUCAAAAAGAUUGCAUUUAUCAAAAUAUAAAUUAUCAUUAUUCAAUGAAUCCGGCCAACUAAUUGUAUUCUAUUUAACAUCAUUUUUUUGGGGUGUUGAUGUUAUUAUACGUGAAGGAUAUAUUUCAAAAUUUAAUUUGUUAUGGAGUGAUUUUCCAAAUCAUCCUAUGAUAUUUUUACAUAAAUUAUAUUUUGUAAUACAAUUAGCAUAUUAUCUACAUAUGCUACCAGAAUUAUAUUUUCAACGAAUUAAAAAAGAAGAUCGUCAACCAAAAAUUAUUCAUUCCGUAUGUGGUUUUAUAGUUGUUGCAAGUAGUUAUUUCUUAGGUUUCCAACGAAUUGCCUUAGUUUUAUUGACAUUGCACUAUCUUAGUGAAAUCAUUGCACAUUUAUUCCAAUUAAUAAGUGUAUUUGAUCGUGAUGAAAAAUAUUCUGGUUUAAAUUAUAUUAAUAGUAUAAUAUUUGUUUUGGUACGUUUUUCAACAAUGGUCAUAUCAGUUUUAACAUUAUAUUAUGGUGUGGCAAAUACUGAACAAGCAGCACGUGGUUUUAUUGCAUUAAUUUGUAUAAUAGUAUUACAAGGAUAUUUAAUAUUUUCAUUUAUUACUGAACAAUUAAAAGCAAAAAGAGAACGAGCACUUGAAGCAAAACAACAAAAUAGUAAAAAAUCAUCAAAUAAACAAGCAAAUAAAGAUAAAAGUAAAAAGAAGAAAGAAAGUGAUUUACCGGAAGCAGAUCAAUCGCCAAUAAAUUUGGGAAAAAUUAAAACUAGAUAAACAAAUUUUCAAAAACAAAAAAAAAAAAAAACAAAAAUAAA